AUGACAUGUAUUCAUCACACAACAAACACAAAAGAGACACCCAUAGUGUCCUGUCUGCCUCACAGGUACAGAUAUGAUCCAAAACUAUUCACGAAUCAGUAUACCUUUACCCAGAGAGAAUCAUUGAGUCUUCUCAUGGCUAAAAAGAGAAUCGGUAACUAUGCUUCUGCCGAAAUGAUCGAGGUUCAUUCUUAUAGUCUCUGCAUUGCCACUUGCAGCUAUGGAACCACUACAACAACUGGUCUUGUACUGCUACUUGAAGCCGUGAAGCCAAAUACAACAAUUAGUCCUUGCACUGCUCCUCGCAGCCAUGGAUCCAAACUACCUCUGGUCCUUGCACUGCUACUUGCAGCCGUGGAGCCAGGUACACUACAGUGCUCUCUUGAUACUGCUGCUAGGAAGUUCAUAUAUCUUGAAAAGGAAUGUACCAGGUCCAGCCAAACAAGAAAAGAUAAAAGUGUAUUGGUCUCUGAUGGCAAAGCUACUAAGCUUAUCACCUCACAAUAG